GGUGUUUUGCUUGUGUUCUGAAUUAUUGUUCAUGAAGUCACGCUUUUGGUAAAAAGUAUGAAAGUGUGGAUGGGGAGCAAAGGUUAACAAUCUGUACAAGAAAAGAGUAUAGGAGUGAUUCCAGGUGAGUGUCAACACUGUUUCAAAUCCCAGCAAUUGUCCUCAACUGGUCACACUAGUUCAGAAGGCUGGUUGAAGAAUUGCUUAUAGAGUCUGCUUUUAGAGUCGCUUUACGGUUUCAUAAACGAAUAUAAUUGCUAAACCUAUGUUUGUGUUUUACCAUCUGUGUAUCUAGUUUUAAAAGAUUGACUUCCAAGCAACAGCUCAUCAGCAAUUAUUAGAAUUUCCAGAAGGAAAUUGGAGUUUAUCAUAUUAACCAUCCACAAUAAAUUAGAAUACCCAACCUUAGCCAUUUCUAGAAAAAGUUAGUAUAGUAAUGUCAACAGUGCAUAUUUUUAUUAAUAUCAGUAUCAUGCUGGGCCCUCCAUUAUAAAACAUUUAUAACGCAGUAAUUUCUGUGAACAGUUGUACAGUUGGAGCCUAAAAUGUAUAAUAUUCUGCCCACAGGGAAGCAAAUUAUCACCUGAUGUUCAAUCUUUUGUGCCAAAGCAAAUUUGUUACAAAAGCACACUUGAACUCCCAGACGCAGAUGUCUUUCCCCCCUACUUGAUUAGGUGCAACCCAUAUGUCCAGGGGCCAUGUGCUGAAGAGCAGAUGUAUACAGAGAGCAUCAACUGCAAUAGAUCUCGACAGAAUCUCUCUGCACUGUCUUUGACAACUACCUCUGCUGCAGAAUAUUCUCCUCAUUGCUCAGCAAAGCCUGCAAUAAACAAGCAUGCACAUGCUUCAUUCCAAAAUAGAGAUGGCUUCACCAGAAAGUACAGAAAAACCAGACAAAACAAGAACCCAGAAGGGCCAUGCGAUUCAUCAGGGGAACGUUCAGCCUCUCUGCAUUCAUCAAAGGCACCAAAUCCAGUUGAAUCUGGCCUUCAGCGACAGGAAUCAAGUAAAAGCCAACUUGAUGUAUCUUUGAGUGAAGUAAACCCACAGAAAGCAGAUAGAAGUCAGAAACUUAAAACUCAUCCAAAGGAGGGAGACUCAUUUGAAGUUACAUUGAGGAUUUUCAUGAACUAGAGACUUCUGCCUUUUGUAGCCCUGUUCAGUCAGUCCAACACAAUACUGAAUCAACAUGGGCUUCAGCUUUACCAUCGAAUAUUAACCACAAUCAGUUUGUUAGACCAGGUGCAAUACUUCCUCACUCAGGUAAAGUGGUUAUUGUAUUAAACAUGGUUUUCAUUCAGACUAUAUUAUAACAUUCAUUUACUUUAACAGUGACAGCAAUAUACUGCGUUUGUCAGAUCUCCCUAACCUGUCGGCAGUUGCCUCAAAUAAACUUCCAAGAGGAGAAGAAACUGCCCCUCCUCCACAAAAUAAUCAAGUACACAUUCCAUUUCAUUGCAAGCAGCCCAGUCUUCAGAGAGCUCCUUGUUUUGCUUCACUGCCACCCAAGAAGCCUGCUUCAAAAGAACUGCCUCGUAGUGUGACUGUCUGUCUGUCGCCAUGGACCUUUCAGAUAAACUGGCUUUACUCUUCUUUUUUAAAUGAACACAAGGUGUAUAUAUAGGGAUUCAAAAAAAUGGUCAGCAAGUCAAUUUAGAAUUAAAUUGUGAGUGCAAAUGCCUAUUGUGAUUUUGAGGGUGGAUAAACAAAAAAGAAAUUGAACAUUUAAAGCAAUCAUCCAUGACAUCCCAUAACUUGCGAUGCUGCCAGUGUACAUUAUUUUAACAAUCAGUUGCCAGGAAUAUAGCAAUUUGGACCUUUGCUAAAUCUUCUCUGAACAUGUGGCUCUUAACAUAUUAUCAAUAGUGCUGUUUCUGUUUGCACCAGCUAGUCUUUAAAACUGGUCUUAAACUCAAUGCCAUCUCAUUCCAAUAUCACACAGGGACUGCUGCUGUUCUUUACACAGUAGUAUGUAACUUGCUAUUUAGGACAGUCCAGGUGGCCUUACCUCCUUAAGGGUUGCUUUGAACUCCAGGGCUUGGUGCAGGACUAGUGUUAGUUUCAAAUCCUGAAGUCUGCAUGCAGUUCCUCCACUCAACAGAAACCAGGUGAAGGAGAAAUGGAAGAACCAAUGAGAAGAAAAAAAAGAAGAAAAGGAAGAAACCAAAGCUACCGAGCAAUGCUCCUGUGCCUGAAGAGACCACAGCUGUAGUUCAAGAGCCGCCUAAGUUUGAGGACAAGGAUGAAAUCUGGCAACUGCAUCUGGCAAUACUAACAAAGCACAUCGUUCUGCAAACCAGAGCAUCUUCUCCUACAGCAACAUUGCAAAGUGGCAACAUGAGAUGCCUGAAAAUACAGGUUGUGUUAGUACAUCUGUUCAUUCAACUACGAGAGUUGUGUCAUCAAAAGACCAACAAACUGCAAAGAUACCAACAAGUCAGGCUAUUUGUAACACUGCAGAAACAAAGAUAGCACAGAAAGCUGUGAAGACAAGUGGUAAAAAGAGCAACAAUCCAGUGCAGUUUGAUCUUGGUGACAUGCUUCAGGUACUGGAACGAAAACAGCAAGCUCAGAAAUCCAAGCAGGAUGCAAAAUCAAUAGUACUCUCAGUUGGAGGUGCACUUCCAAUGGUUCCUAAAAAUCCCUUGGUGCAAAAGAAACACCCCAGACAGCUGGAAAAAGUGGCUCACAACCCCCUGGAUUCCACAAGUCCUUUGGUAAAGAAAGGCAAGCAGAGGGAGGUUCCAAAAGCUAUGAACCAUGGCCUCAGAAAAAGGUUAGUUUGUGUACUGCUGCUGUUGAUCAUUUUAAAGGGAAGGGAGGAAAGGAAUCAGUGUCGGUUACUGGAAGAACAGGGACUGAAUCCAGCAACUGAAAUCACUGUAUCAAAUAUACAGAAUGAGGAGCCAUUUGAAGAAGAGCUUGAGGGUCAUGCAUCUUUAAAUACCACAGAUUUUACAGAUGGUCUAAGCACUCCUGAUGUGCCUGAUCAGCUAGAAGAAAAGCUAAAGAAGACAGAUCCUGUUGAGAGCCAGGCUGGACCUAAUCGGCCCAAAAUACACAGCAGGAGAUUUAGAGAGUACUGCAGCCAAGUGCUCAGUAAAGAAAUUGAUAAUUCUGUGAUCGACCUGCUGAAGGAGCUGGUACGUUUCCAAGAUCGCUUGUACCUGCAGGACCCCCUGAAAGCCAAGAUGAAGCGUAGGCUAGUCAUGGGUCUAGAAGUCCUUAAGCACUUAAAGCUCAAAAAAUUGAAGUGUGUCAUCUCCCCCAACUGUGAAAGAGUAAAGUCCAAAGGGGGAUUGGAUGAAGCUCUGCACACUAUUAUUGACACUUGCCGUGAGCAAAAUGUCCCGUUUGUGUUUGCUCUUGCUCAGAAAACCCUCGGGCGCUGUGUAAAUAAGGCUGUUCCUGUCAGUGUUGUAGAAAUUUUCAAUUACGAUGGUGUCCUGGUAAGUUCAACAAAACAAUGCUCAGCGAUUUCAAAAUGCACUUAACGAAAUGCUGCAAAUUUUUUUUUAUUUAUUUUUUUAAGUUAAAACUUUUUCAAAUAAAACUUAAUAUCUAAAGAAUAGGGGUGCACCGAUAAGAUUUUCUUGCCCGAUACCGAUAACAAGCUGAUACCAAUAAUAGACAGUGCAGGUAAACUACUAGAACAAGACAUAGGGCCUAUAUUUAAACUGUUUUAUAAUGAUAAAUGUUAUGUUAAACAAUUAACAGA